GCUGCACGUCAACCACGGCUCCAGCACUUGUUUCGUCCGCACGCAUUGUACCCACCGCAGGAAAGUCCGCCGCAAGCAGAUCCGCCGCCCACGACGACCGGGAUUUGUUCCGCGCACCAAUUGGUAGACCUCCGCUUCUGCCUCCCCCGCCCCCUAAUCGAUUCGGUUCCCGUAAUUUAUUGGAGUUUGCAGGUACGAAAUAGUCCUCAAUGUCUCGUCGUAGCGGGUACACCGGCGAGGGUGGGGAUUCGAUCAUGUCGUGGCCACGUUCUACUUCUCCUACCUCGUCGGAAGUGCAGUUAGCCAGGCAAGCCGAUGAUCCAUGGUACAUUGCAUACCAAGAUGAAUCAACCCAGUGGUGUAGCCAGAGGAUGGAUUUGGAGGAGAAGGUGGCCAAUUUAGGUGAUGAAUUGGCCCGUAAAAACCUGAUGAUAUUCGAGCUGAAGCGUAUUGUGGAUGAAGAAAAGAAGAAUUCAGAGCUUAUUCGCAAGGAGAAGUUGAGAGUUGAGACAGAUCUUGCCGUAUUUGAUCAAGUGGUAGAAAAUCUAGAACAUGAACUAAAAGUGAUGGGAGAGGAGAAAAGUAGAUUCAUCUGUGCAGUUUUAUUAGGUGUCAUCCCUGUCCUAGCAGUUAUGUGGUUCUGGUAGACGAUUUAGUAUAGAAUUGUUAUUCAGUAGAUGGCUCUAACCACUGUAUUUUGUUGUGGCUCUAAGCACUGUAUUUCGGUGUACAAUUUCCUACUUGUGCUAAGUAAUGUGCACGAUAAUUUUAGCAAGGGAUCCCAAAAGUGAAAGCAUGUACCAGCCUCCGGAUCAAAUACAUAUCAAUAUCUUCCCAAUCAAGUUGGGAUAGAAUUCAAAUCAUA